AUGCCCGUCAUGCUCCGCAAACGCACAUUCUACGACGAUUACUGGCAAAACAAGCGCGUUCAUCCGGAGCGGAUCAAGGAUGUGCCCCCCCCUACGUUCCGCAAAGCCCAGAGCACGGGGGUGGACUUUAUGCGACCGACAGCGCCGGAUGACGAGAACUAA